GGGUGAGACGAGAGAGAGUCGUGGCAGGAAAGAUACCUGGUGAAUUUGCUCCAGUACAGGCAGUUGUUUGUGGAUUUCAGUAACGACGUUACUUUUUGAAAAACAGUUCCUUUUUUUUUUAAAUAAGAAAAAGCUUAAUAACCCAACAAAAAUGAACAAGAUUAUGUUUGUCGGGGCAUUGGUGCUGGCCUGCGUGGUAAUGGGACAGGCACUGCAAUGUUACAAAUGCGAUUUGGGAGUGUUUGGCAUUUGCUCAAAAAGUAUAAUUAACUGCACUGGGGCUACGGACAAGUGCUACAACGCGAAUGGGAAAUCCGCUUCACUUCUAUUGGUCCAGGAGAAGGGCUGUGUGGCACUAACAAGCUGUAACACGAACAACAACAACACUGUGUUCCAGCAGGUUGUUUACAGCAUAACCAAGGUGUGCUGCGACGGGGAGCUGUGCAACAGUGGAGCUACAGUCGGUGUCUCUGUGCUGGCUGGCAUUGCCAUGGUCACGGUGUGGCUCACUAGCUUGCUGUAAACCACCUGCACUGCAGCACACUGUCAGAAGUUUAUGGUAAAGCUACAAGAAUCUCGGACAGACUUUUUGGUCCAUGCCUUUGGCAUGCUGGAACGUUUGUCCGCUUGUUUUAUUUGAGUGCUGUAAACCAGUGACAUCAUUCACAAUAGCAAUAUAAAUGAUAAAAAAAUAAAUAAAAAUAUGCAUCUUCCUGUGUCCCAUCUAUAGCUACAGUACUUCUAGAUUCUGAAAGGAAUGUUAACACAGUCCAAGAAUAACUUUUUUGCCUUUUCAGUGUCUUCCUGACCUAUUAAACUUUCUUUCUCAUUGAAUUGAAUUUUUUUUUUUUUUUUUGGCUCUUCCAUGAAUGCUGAUGGGUGAAUAAUAUGGGAAAAGUUGAAUACAAGACAUGUGAAUGAUAGGUAACUUGGAUAAUCCAGUUUUUUCUGUUAGUUAGUUAGUUCUAGAUGCCCUCUUCCCCCUUCCUCUACAAUGAAAGCCACGAUGUGUCCCCCUGUACUGUUCUGCACCCGUGGUGACAUUACAAAACCAAUGUAACCGUGUGUCACUCUAUACAGAGUGACUGGUCUUAUUCUUUACUGUAGAUACCUGUGAAGAAACUGCUUUGUGAAAAUUGGCAGCAUUUGUUUAGUGGGCAUGACUACAACUGUCAUUUGGGUACAUACAUUUCCCUUUGCAAAACUUUGCUGAAAGGCCUUGAAGAGUAAAUAUCUUCAAGUGCCUCUUCUAUAUUAUGGUGUUUCAGAUCAUUCGGAAUAGUUCUGGGUUCUGUUGCGUCCAUUUGUAUUGAAUCCUUAUUUUUCUCUAAAUCUGGCUUUGUACUUGUCUGGAGAAUCCAGAAUUGGAGGGGUUUCCUUGUUACAUUCAAAUCAUGCGACAAUGUGAUCUUUCAACUGCGCUGGCCAACAGAGUUGAAAGGUGACACGGUCACGUGACCUGACUGGAAUGAGGAAGACUGUUGGUCCCAGCUCAAAAUAGUCAAAAGCCAAUCGCAAUAGCAAGAUCACAAUUUCAAGAUAGUAUUAAUAAUUGUGUAACAGAAGUUAGGAAAACAUUCUGAAUGACUUGCAAACAUCACAAAAAGGGAAGGGUACAAGACUGGCAUUUGUAGCUUUACUGCCUUAAUUAGCCCCUACGUAGAGAUUGGCUGUUCCUUUUUUCUAUUCUUCUAUUUCCUCCCCCCCCCCCCUGCAAACUAAGUGCUUUGUGAAAUGUAGUCUUAUUGUCAACUGCAUAUCUGUUUGUUAAUACAAGGAGCGUGCAAAGUGGUGAUCGAAAGUGUCAAGGGCUUUUGUUUGUUUUUAUUGAACCUUGUCCAAAGUUAGUAGUCCAUUUUAAAUUGUAGAAGGGAUGGUUGGGUUAAAAAUUGCCAAAUACCUGUUUAGCAUUAUUUGUGUUUUUCCCUUUGUCCAUUGUACUUGUUUUGAAGUUGCUGGUUAAAUAAAUUCCCAGUGAUACUGAAUUGUACAAUUUUUAGGACUUGUAUAUUUUAGGAUUUCUGUAAAUGGAUUUGGUGCAAACAUAUAUUUGGAAAUAAAGAUUUUUUUUUUUUUAACUUUA